UGGUCAUAUAUUAUUUGAUCAUAAUUAUAUGACUUCUACUCAUAUGACCGAUAUAACCAUUGGUUAUACUGUAUUUUGUAAUUUUUGUAUAAGAAAAUAUGGUAGUGUAGGAACAACUCAAGUUAAACCUGAAUGUUAUACUUCAAAUCGUGCACGUUUAUGUCAUAACUAUUUAAUAAAGUGUGAUAAUUUUCAUGAAUAUAAUACAUCCGAAGAAGUGCAAACAAUUUUGAAAUUACCAAUACUAGAGGAUAAAAAAAAAUGUAAAGAAUUAAAUAAAAAUGAUAAUG